AUGACACUGAGAAAUAUAACAGGUGUUUCAGAAUUUCUUCUUCUGGGAUUUUCAGAAAGAACAGAACUUCACCCCCUCAUUGUUGGGCUUUUCCUCUCCAUGUACCUGAUCACUGUGUUUGGAAACCUGCUCAUCAUCCUGGUGGUCAGCUCAGACUCCCAUCUCCACACCCCCAUGUACUGUUUUCUCUCCAACCUGUCCUUUGUGGACAUCUGUUUCACCUCCACCACCAUCCCAAAAAUGCUGGUGAAUACACAGACAGAGAACCAAGUAAUAACCUAUGCAGGCUGCAUCACACAGAUGUAUUUGUUCAUAUUGCUUGCAGGGUUGGAUGAUUUCCUACUCACAGUGAUGGCCUAUGACAGGUUUGUUGCCAUCUGCCACCCCCUGCACUACACAGUCAUCAUGAAUCCUCAGCUCUGUGGAAUUCUGGUCCUUAUUAGCUGGAUCAUCAGUGUCCUGUAUUCUUUGUUACAAACUCUAAUGGUGUUGAAGCUCUCCUUCUAUAACAAAGUGAAAAUCCCUCACUAUUUCUGUGAACUCAAUCAGAUGGUCCACCUUGCCUGUUCUGACACUUUUCCUAAUGACAUGGUGAUGUAUUUUGCAGGAUUGCUGCUGGGUGGAGGUCCCCUUGCUGCUAUCCUUUACUCUUACUCUAAGAUAGUUUCUUGUAUAAGUAGAAUCACAUCUGCUCAGGGGAAAUAUAAGGCAUUUUCCACCUGUGUGUCUCACCUCUCGGUUGUCUCCUUAUUUUAUUGCACAAGCCUAGGGGUGUACCUUAGCUCUGCAGAUACCCACAGUUCACACUCACGUGUAAUUGCCUCAGUGAUGUACACUUUGGUCACACCCAUGAUGAACCCCUUUAUCUACAGUCUGAGGAACAAGGACAUAAAGAGGGCUCUGAAAACUUUCUUUAGAAUGUUUUCUGUGAAGAAUAUCCUGCAUUGCAGAAUUUUUCCUUUCAGGAUUUGA